AUUGUAGCAUAACUUCAUGAAUGUACCGAGACGUACAACAAUAGCAACCACGAGUUGGAAGAGUUGUAGAUUCAUUUUGUGCUCCAAGUUGUCGUCCAGAAUCUAUGUCCAGAAGUAAUGCACCAAAAUAGUGGCAAGGACUGAAAUAGUGUGGGGUGACUAUAAUAGGUAUCCCAGCUGAUUUUCAACCCCAUCUUCUUCGUGUUCGUUCGUUGGGUGCCACGAUCAUUGCCAUUACCAUGUUCAUCGGUUGUGAUCGAUUGGGGGACUCCUCUUCGUUCAGCUUUGUGUCUCCAUGAGUGCCAGUCUUCUCGAUCCCUUGGGAGAAGUUCAAGGCCAUCAUGACCAAAGCUGUCUCCACGUGUUGGAUGGGAACAAAAUAUAAUGGCAUGAGCCUCACAUCCUCCUACCUCUUGCUGUCUUGGGUCUGGGCCCUCGGCUGGUUCGUGGGCACAUUGGGGGCUGAAGUGGCCAUUGACACGACUGCCGGCUCCAUUUUCUCGCCCAUCGUAACGGCCACGUGCAAAGCGGGUCAGAUGACCAUCAAGGUCGAGACUUUGUCCAACUUUGUCGGAGUGGUUCAAUCGCGCGACAUCAAAAUCCCACGAUGCUUCGGAUACGGUGAAAAUAGCAAAGUCACUUUUUUAAGAGUCAACAUGUUAGCCGAGAAAGAGGAUCAAAACUAUUGCGGUGUAUUUAUGCACAAGGAAUCGGACGAAUAUAGCAUCGCUAUUGCGAUUCGGGUCCACAAGACGCUGCAAACUGCCAAAGAUAAAUUUUACAUGAUCACUUGCGGCAAGGCGGGUUUUCAAAAUACCAGGAACGAGACCUCGGUGGUCAACUUAGAGCUCAUGGAUUCUGUUCAUGAUAAGGCCGUGGACCAGGUGACCUACGGUCGGCCGUAUCGAAUUCGCGCCCAUUUUUCUCGCCCGGACGGUACGUUAAGUCCGUCUCCCUCCAUGAGGAGAAUGAAGCAAAUUGUGUGCCCAUACGACCGCUUAUUUCGUAUUAGGUGCUUGCACUUUUCUAAUUGA